GAGCCACGCAGCGAGGCGCCUGGAGCUGGGCUAGCACUUAGCAUGCUAACCGAUGGGGCAGACAUUUUUUUUGAUUUAGCUUCUACCGGUGACACGCACACACACACACACACACACAGCAUUAUCAGACUGAUCGGUUAAAGACGAUUCUAUUCAUAUAAGUUUCAUUUAGGUAUGUUACUGAAAAAUUCAAACCACCUGUAUAUCAAAAGAAAGAUAUAGUUGGAUAGAGUUUUGAAACACGAAUAAAACAAGACUUAGUUUGUACGAAUCAGAAAAGGAUGAAGGAUUCUACGGCGUUUUUUUAAAUCUUGCAUAUCGGCUCAAAUUGACUUAUCAAGAAAUCAUGAGGAAAUGUGCGACCAAAACGUUUAGCUGUUUGCGGGAAAAAUGUCCGCAUGUUUCUUAUUACAACCCCAGUUCCAAUGAAGUUGGGACGUUGUGUUCAACAUAACUAAAAACAGAAUACAAAGAUUGGCAAAUCAUGUUCAACCCAUAUUUGAUUGAAUACACUACAGAGACAAAAUAUUUAAUGUUCAAACUGAUCAACUUGAUUGUUUUUAGCAAAUGAUCAUUUAAUUUGAUGGCUGCAACAGGUUCCAAAAAAGCUGGGACAGGCUCAUGUUUACCGCUGUGUUACAUCGCCUUUUCUUUGAACAACAUUCAAUCAACGUUUGGGAACUGAGGACACGAAUUGUUGAAGCUUUGUAGGUGGAAUUCUUUCCCAUUCUCGCUCGAUGUACAGCUUCAGCCGUUCAACAGUCCGGGGUCUCCGUUGUCGUAUUUUACGCUUCAUAAUGCGCCACGCAUGUCCAAUGGGAGACGGGUCUGGACCGCAGGAAGGCCAGUCUAGUACCCGCACUCUUUUACUACCAAGCCACGCUGUUGUAACACGUGCAGAAUGUGGUUUGGCCUUGUCUUGCUGAAAUAAGCGGGGGCGUCCGUGAAAGAGACGCCGCUUGGAUGGCAGCAUAUGUUUCUCCAAAACCUGGAUGUACCUUUCAGCAUGAAUGGUGCCUUCACAGAUGUGUAAGUGACCCAUGCCAUUGGCACUAACACAGCCCCAUACCAUCACAGAUGCUGGCUUUUGAACUUUGCGUCCAUAACAGUCCAGAUGGUUCUUUUCCUCUUUGGCCCGGAGGACACGACGUCCACCAUUUCCAAAAACAAUUCAAAAUGUGAACUCGUCAGACCACAGAACACUUUUCCACUUUGCGUCGGUCCAUGUUAGAUGAGCUCGGGCCCAGUGAAGCCGGCGGCCUUUCUGGGUGUUGUCGAUAAAUGGCUUUUUCUUUGCAUAGUCGAGUUUCAAGUUGCACUUCCGGAUGUAGCGCCGAACUGUAUUUACUGACAUUGGUUUUCUGAAGUGUUGCUGAGCCCACACGGUGAUAUCCUUUACACGUCGAUGUCGGUUUUUGAUGCAGCGCCGCCCGAAGGAUCGAAGGUCACGGUCAUUCAAUGUCGGUUUUCGGCCUCGCCGCUUACAUGCGGUGAUUUCUCCAGAUUCUCUGAACCUUUUGAUGAUAUUAUGGACCGUAGAGGAUGAAAUCCCUCAAUUCCUUGCAACAUUGUCCUUAAACUGUUGGACUAUUUUCUCACGCACUUGUUCACAAAGAGGUGAACCUCGCCCCAUCUUUGCUGGUGAAUGACUGAGCAAUUGAGGGAAGCAAUCCUGGCACCCACCUGUUCCCAAUGAGCCCGCUCACCUGUGGGAUGCUCAACUUUUUUUGCCACCUGUCCCAGCUUUUUGGGAACGUGUUGCAGCCAUAAAAUUGAAAGUUCUAAAAACAAUCAAGUUGAUCAGUUUGAACAUGAAAUAUCUUGUCUUUGUAGUGUAUUCAAUUCAAUAUAGGUUGACCAUGAUUUGCAAAUCAUUGUAUUCUGUUUUUAUUUAUGUUGAACACAAUGUCCCAACUUCAUUGGAAUUGGAGUUGCCACGCAAAUGUGAUGUUCAAACAAGCCAUUUUCCGAUGUUUCAACGGCAACGUCCGCUCGAGCCAUCUCAUUUUCCGGGUCAAACCCGGAGCGAGCGCAUAGCCGGAAUGACAGAAAACAAGAAUAAUAAGAGUUCAUCACGUCCAUAUACAUUUCAAGCGCGUCAAAAUCGAGGGACGUUUUCAUCAUUGUCAAAACCACGGAAAAUCUCGUGAAUGGAAAAGCCGAGGUGGUAAAGGCAUUUCCCAACAACGGCCGUGCAAAACAACUACGAGGGUGACCUUGCGUGAAAUAAUGAGAAAACGCGAUUCGGGUGGACCUCUGCUAAAUCUGCAAAUCGGGCACAGCAAAUUGUAAAGAAAAUGGCGGCCGUUUUUCUGGCUUUCGUGACAAACCUUGAUUAUUUUUCUGUUAAGUGUCACCUUUUUUGUUGAAUCCGAGGUUAAAACUUUCAUACCUUUCUUAAUCUUUAUCCUAGUUUCAAUAGGGUGGUUAUGGUAUCAUUAGAAAGCUUGCUCAAUACACAAACAGAUAACAGAAUUACAAGAAUUUUAUUGAUUUCUAAUUAAUUUCAGUCAUUGUGUGAAUAAGUCAAUCUCAGGAUAACAAAAAUAAUCAUCAUUUGAAAACUACCAUGAAUAUUAAAUAGAAAAUUUCAACAUAAAAUAAUGUACAAAUGUAAAGUUAUCAAAAUGUAAUCAAAUACAGCAAAUAAGGCUAUAUAAUGACUAUUAAUGCCGUACAUCAUUUUUAUAAACGGUGCCAUGCAUAGAACAAACAAAUGAAUAAGAGUCGAAUCGUCAAUAGACAUAAUAAGGAAUAAAUAGAGCACAUUUGAAGUUGGUAAAAAUCCUGAAAUUCGCAUCGUUAGUUAACGGAAAAGAAAUGCGUUCGUGGCAGGAGAGAGUAACAUCACAUGAAGGGACCUCGCCAGCUGUCGGACCAAAAAGAUUUGCUGCCGUUUGUCGACAAACAAGACAUCCGAUUUGGCAGAAACAUUGAAAUACAUAGAACAAAUACCAGAAAGUGGAUUUGAAAAAACGGCCUCAAGUUUUUGGGAGGAUUUACCGACUGUAAAUUGGGGAAAGGUUGUCCGAGUCUCACAACGCGUGAACUCGCCGUUUGGAGAAAUGUUGAAGUCGUGAUUAAAACGAGGACACGUGUUCUACGUCGUCGGCAGUGCCACCGCCAGCCACUCGAAAAGCGCGAUCUCGGGCGCGGCGCAGAUUCGGGGAGCCGUUCGGCCGCGGAUACGCACGCUGAUUGACACCCGUCGGCGUUGGUGUCCGGGACGGAGACGGUUUGGACCUGCGGGCAGGAUGGGGAACAGCGCUCUCAAGUCUCACCUGGAGACCGCCCAGAAGACGGGGGUGUUCCAGCUCACUGGAAAAGGACUUCCGGAGUUUCCAGAUGAACUGCAGCGGCUCACAGCAAACCUUCGGACCGUGGACCUGUCUGACAACAAGAUAGAGUCGCUUCCUCCUUCCAUCGGAAACUAUGCGCAGCUCCGGAGUUUGACCCUCAACUCCAACAGACUGAGCGGCCUUCCCGCUGAGAUCGGGAAGUUGAAGAAAGUGGAGACUCUGAGUCUCAGUGCCAACCGGAUCCAGCAGCUCCCACCCACCGUGGACCAGCUCAAGGCUCUGCGGACCCUCAUUCUGGCUGGGAACCGCAUCUCUGAGUUCCCCACCGGACUAGGAGCGCUGAGACACCUGGACCUGCUGGACUUGUCCCGCAACCAGAUUCGGAGCGUCCCGCCAGAGGUGUCAGAGCUUCAGGUCAUCGAGAUCAAUCUCAACCAGAACCAGAUCUCGCUGCUGUCUGCGGACGUGUCUCGGUGUCCUCGCCUCAAGGUUCUGCGUGUGGAGGAGAACUGUUUAGAUCUGGCCGCCAUCCCGCUAUCCAUCCUGAACGAGUCGCAAGUGUCUCUCUUCUCAGUGGAAGGAAACCUCUUUGAGGUCAAGAGUCUGCGAGACCUGGAUGGGUACGACAAGUACAUGGAGCGUUUCACCGCAACCAAGAAGAAGUUUUCCUGAAGGCCGCAAGCGCCACCACCUCUUCCUCCUCUUCCUCCUCCUCUGCUGCCGACAAGCAGGAAGUAGGAGUGGAAGAAGAGCCGAGAGACCAUUCCGGUGUUUUUCCCGACAGUCAGUGCCGCUUGUGUCCCGCUAACCCCCACAGGAAGUACUUUGCGGCUGCCGCUGUCGACUCGCUGUGGCCAUCCGGAGGAACAAAGUGGAAUUGCAACACGUCCUUUUCGAGUCACGAAGGCCACGGCGACUUCUAUUGGCGCUUUUGAGUCGCUUUUCUAGACAAAAACCUUUGUCGCCUCGGCGACGGGUUUGCGAAACUGCGGCACGUGUUCCUGCGAGGAAGCAGAAAGACAGGAAGUCAGAUGUUCUUCUGGUGAUGAUGUCAUCGAUGUGUCAGCUAUGUUCUCGCAUCAUGAAUGUUAAGAACGUUAACAUUAGCUGCUAGAGUUUAGCCACCGGCACGCGAGCUAUAUUUCCGCUUUGUCAUGUUUUUAAUGAACUUUCACAAUAAAAGCAUUCCUCUUAGCAUGCGCCGAAUCGACCAAGGACACUGAAUGUUUGAAAUGUAAAUGAAGGAAUGAGUAAUAAAAUAGUCCAUUUUCAUAAAUACACAUUCAAAAAGUCACAUUUAUCCAAUACAUUUGAAAUGUACAUGUUCACUUAUAGUAAAUUGACUAAAUUAUUCGAUAAAUGAAUAAAA